GGUUGUUUUAGUUGACAACCAAUCAAUUAUUUUAUUUAUGUCAUUUAAUGAUGCGAACAACAAAUCCAUCCAUUUUCAGAGCUGGUUAUCCUCACGAGGGUCGUGGUAGUGCUGGAGCCUAUCCCAGCUGUCAAAGCUUUAAUGAUUACUUGAUUUCAAAAGUAACUUUUUAGUUACUUUCCGCAGUUGCAGAAAUUUCACUUAUCUGCAAUACAAAAAAGAGCAUUAGACAAACAGUACCCAUGACUUGAAGAGCAAGAACACAUUCUUUGUUCUCUGUGACAAGUUUAUGUAGCAGUUUAACUUGCAAAGCUGUGGAUGACUUGAUGGGGUGGGGGUGGGGGGUGGAAAGUACUCUAUAGUGUAACCCAUUAAAGCAGCUCAUGAAUAGCCCGGGCUUCUGACGCUUGACUGUUGCUAAUGUGGUAUUUAAAGUACAUGAACCUAACUGAAGCUGUCCUUGAAGAAUCGACAGCCGUAUUGUCCUAUCCGGGGUGACCAAUGAGGACACCACACAUAUUUUCCACUUUUGCUCUUUUUUUUUUUCCCAACACAAAACACUGCUUCAAUCGCGUUAACGCACCCAUAGCGACAGUUUCGAUCCACUGACGUAUGGUCCAGCUGACAAGUGCUUAAUUUAACCAGAUAGAGCUGUGCUGACAGUAAAAGCCGGGAUACGGUGGUAUUUGAGUGCUUGUCGUGUUAUGAGUGACAUGUUACGGCACGAUUUCAUGGCAGAAGUCUGUACGAGAAUGUGUUUUUGGGGUCGUGAGUAGAAAUCCAGCGGGACUGUAUAUUCCUCGAUUAUUGGGUGGAUUACUCGCUAGGUUCAUCAAUUCUAUAAAUACUGGACUAUGAAAGUCCUAAACAACGUUAAAGAGUUCCCCUAAAUAGGGCCAUGAACGGGGAAUAUUGUGCUUUUCCAAAUACUGUAUGUUGCCAUUGUUAUUAAUACUCUCUGGUUGUUUUCACUUUUUGUUUUAUAAGACUAGUUUUUGUCUUAUAAGACCCCAAAUUUUUAGUCAAAUCUGGAUCUCAACCGUGGCUGACUUUAUCUAUCAUCUGUUAUAUUUUGGCGUACGUUGAAGAAGGCUACGGGGCUAUUUUGAAAAAGUAAGGAGGACAAAGUAGUUACUGUAAUUUCCUGCCUACAGAGUGCACCAGAUUAUAAGUCUCACCCAGUUCAUUUGUAAAGGAAAUACCAUUUGGUACAUACAUAAGCCGCAUCUGUGUAAAAACCGCAAGUUCCCAUAUUGAAACCCGCAUUGAAACACGAGAUAUUUACAAUGAAAGACGGUACACAGAGUUUUAAUAUAUUAGCUUAGCUUAACAUAGCAACAACACAGUAGCAUGAACUGGACUGGUUAAAAAAAAAAACAUACCGGUAAAAAAAAUAAAAAUAAAUAGCCGCAGCAGCUACACAGUAGCAACAUGGUAGGACAGCACUAACAGGGCCGGUUAAAAAAAACAUACCUAAAUCACUGAGACACAGCAGUAACACAGCGCUAACGCUACUGCAGUGCUAACAGGACCGGUUAAAAAAAAAAAAAACAUACCGGUAAAAGUCACUUCCUCAGCACAUAUAUUCCACCGGUGUCACUCUUACCUUUUCCGCUCAAGUAUCCCCUUGCGGCCGUUAGUAAAAAUUCAGACAUUAGUCGCAUCGCCGCAUAAGCCGCAGGGUUCAAAGCGUGUGAAAAAAGUCGCGACUUUUAGGCCGGAAAUUACAGUAUUCAUUUUAAAACGUAGGGAAUAAAAGUAAAAAGUCAUCAGAAAAAUGAAAACUCAAGUAAAGUAAAAAUACCCCCCCCCCCAAAAUCUUAAAUAUUAAGUGUUUGUAUUUCACUUUCCACCAUGAUAAUGAUUACAUCUUACUUACUGUUUUAUGUAAAAUUAACAUCACUGAUGGUGUAGUGAGACAUGUUCUUUUGAACGAAAUGUUCCCGAAUGAAACCGCAAUAUCAGGAGUGCUAUUUCAAAUUUGGGUUUAUUGGAACAGUUAACUCUCACGCUCCAAGUCCGCUCCGUGACAGAUACAGUCGUAGUUUUCUGCUGGACAAGCAGAAAUAAUUUUACGGAGUUAUAAGUCUACUCUCAUUGAGGCGCAACAGAACUGCAGUCUGGUCUGGCUGCCUACGACAACUCUUGACGCCCACUGCCGCAUCGCGCCCACAAGUGCACGCACCGUGAACGGCGAAAGGAGGAAGCACAAGCGAGACAAGUCUGCGCAUUCGGCCCUCCAAGCAACAGCGAAUGCAUCAUCUCCCUCAAAGCGCAGGAAACAAGACAUUUAUUUUGGAUCAAAGGUUUACUUCAGGCACAUGUACGAAACACUUGAAGGCAAGGAAGUCCACCCUGACCUCCUCCAGGCUGGUGCCGUCAGCCACCACGCCAUCCAGUAUGCGGUCUGUGACGCAGACGCAGUUCUCCAGGUGGAGGCGGCGCAGCUUGCUGCACUUCCGCAGCAGGACCAUCAGGUCCUGAUCCGUGAUGUGUCCGCAGCCAGACAGCUUCAAGGAUAGCAGAUGUCCCUUUGGAAGGAGCUCUUCAACCAGCCCUCGAUGUUGCACACCUGCAGCACCCUGCUGGAGUGCCAGCAGAUAGACAGGUGACGCAAAGAUGGUCCCAGCACAAAGUUGGCGCUCCUCAGCUGGGAGAGCGAGCUGAAGUGGAGCACAUUCCACAGCCGGGGGUCCAGGAAGACUUCGCGCAAGGGUGCGCAGGCAACCAGUUCAGGGUGUACCCUGCCUCCAGCCCGAUGACAGCUGGGAGAGGGUCCAGCACUCUUGUGAGGAUAAGAUGGCAUCAAAAAUGAUCCAUUCAGAAGCCUGGAAAUUCUACUCACCCAGAACCGUGAUGUACUACAAUGGCUGCCAGAUCGUACAGACAGCUCUCUGCUAACAAACUUUCUGGCUGUAAAGACAAAAGCAAGCGGGUGGCGUAUUGCCUCCACAAAAGUGCAGCAGUGAAAAAUUCCCUGUGACACCGUGGGCGCAAUGUCAGAUUGAGAGUGGAAUGGAGUGGCCUACCUGGGGUAUCACAAUUGCUGAGGUGAAAUACAGCAAAGACACUGGCAAAAACUAGAGCCAAAUGGGGCUACACCAGCUCAAACGGAGAAAGCCAGUGGGUUCAGAACUACCCGUACUGUGCCGGACCUAUGCAGUCUCCAGUCGACUUCAAGACAGGGAGGCUUAUCUUCGACGCGUCUUUACGCCCAAUUGUGCUCGAGAAUUAUGAUCUGACGGGCCAAGGCACUCUUAAGAUGAAAAAUAAUGGACACUCAGUCCUCAUCGUUCUUCCCUCAAAGAUGUCCAUCACCGGCCUCGCCAAACGUUACACUGCAACCCAACUCCACAUCCACUGGGGCUCCAAAACCAAUCCUCUGGGUUCCGAGCACACGGUCGACGGUAAACAGUACGCUGCGGAGCUGCACAUUGUUCACUACAACUCAGAAAAGUACCCCAAUGUAUCCAUGGCUUUUGACAAAUCUGACGGUCUGGCUGUAAUGGGAGUUUUUAUUGAGAUCGGAGCCGCCAAUCCAGGCUAUGAAAACGUUUUAUCACAUCUCAGUCAAAUCAAAACCAAAUCUAACACCAAAACAAUUCCCGCUUUCGACAUCAGCUCUCUGAUGCCGAAGCGUCUGGACGAGUAUUUCCGCUAUGACGGCUCUCUGACAACACCGCCUUGCUAUCAAAGCGUAAUGUGGACAGUUUUCAAAAACCCUGUCACCAUCUCUCAGGCUCAGUAUGACACCUUGACAGCAACCCUCCUCGCCUCCCCGGCCAAUCACGUCGCCGCCGUCCCUCUCGUUAACACCUUCAGGAAUCCACGGCCCAUCGAGAACCGAGUUGUCUCGACCUCCUUUAAGCAAGGAGUGACUACUUACAUGUCAGCCGCCUGCAUCCCCCAGAGGAAAGCAGUCAUCCGCAAACUCUUGGUCGGUGACAUGGACGAGGUCAUUGAAAGUCGACUCGUGCCACGAAGUUCCGUCAAGUUUCUCUACCAGGGGUACGCAAAAGCAGAAUUGAAGAAACACACCGGAUUUCCAUCGUCAGUUAAUUCUGCGUACAAUCGGCUGGCCAAGUUGCAAGAGAUCGCUCGGCCGACCUUGGCCUUUGGCUCUUUGCUGCGGCAAAAGUCCCUGGAGAUCAAACAGUCCACCACCAGCACCACCACCAAGAGCCUGCCCGUCGCUCUUGCUGAGGCCGUUCUCCCUAAACUCAAUCUCAAAGGCUUCCUGGCCUGCAAAGCAGACCUGGCUCCAGCAACCGUCAAGUUUCUCCUCAGCGGCCCGCCCCUGGUGGGGGGAGACGGGGAUUUAUUCCUGCUUGACCCCUACCUUGAUAGUUACACAAUGCAUCCUUGGCUUGUGCAAAGGGAGUGGGAGGACUAAGAGAGAUCGUGUUGCUUUCUGUUGCGCACAUCGGCCGUGUGUGUCUGCUAUAGCGAAAGUAACAUUCUGGAUUCUCUGGCAUGACGUCUUCUGCUACAUUUUCUGGCUCUCAAGUUCAAUUAUUUAUUCCGCUGUGUGAACAUAAUAAGAAAUUAUUUUUGUGAUCAUUUACAUUUGUGAUUCAAUUCACACACUCCGUGGACCAAUUUUAUCAUCUGCCAUAUUGAGCUAAUUCAAUCAAGAAUGUUUGAUUUGCAACAUAUUUAUGUGUGCCAUUUCCUUG